UUUGACCAGCCUAGAGUCAACGCGUGCGAACAGUGUAAGCGAUAGCGAGCCGCGAGAUUAAUAAAGUGAACAUAAUUUACAAUAAACUUUGCGAAUACGCAUUUUAAUUAAUAUUGCACCCUUCUGACCAUCCUAUACGUGGUGACGCAAUAGCGGAUUAAAAACUUUGCACAAUCAAUAAAAUACCGUCAGAUUUGAGAUUGCCAUUAAUACCAACAGUCGCGUGCGAAAUUUAUGCGCGCAUAUUUUUACGCGCGAAAUUCUGCCGGUAAGACGGCCGGCGCGUAUUGAGUCCGCCGUAGAGGGUGGGGGAUGGCAUGCCCGCCUCGACACAAAAUAAAGUGUAAAAUUCGCCUUGCCGCGUUCUGCUCGAAAUUCGCCUCGUUGUUUUGCCGUACACAACCUCCGGAGAAUCGAGCUACACCGGCAUCUCGCCGGUUGAAUAAUAUUGCGAAAUUUUAGCCCAACGAAAAUAUAACUGUUUUUCUCUUCUCGUCCAUGUAAAAUUUUUCUGUAGCAAGAUGUCGAAUCCCCCUGCAAAAAGGUUGAAAACUUCCGAUUUCUUGAGCACAAUUGCCGAACAAAGAAAAGAGACGGCAAACAAUAUUCUGGAAUUUAAGUUCAACAAAAAAAGAGUAAGAGUGCUCACUGAGUCAGAUGAAGUAGUUCCCAAGUCCAAAGGAAUUCUGUAUUGGAUGUUUAGAGACCCCAGAGUUCAAGAUAACUGGUCCUUUUUGUUUGCUCAGAAGUUAGCGUUGAAGAAUAAAUUACCUUUACACGUAUGUUAUUGUAUUUUACCAAAAUUUCUCGAUGCUACAUUGAGGCAUUACAAGUUCCUAUUGGAGUCGUUGCAAGAGGUGGACAAAGAUUGUCUCGAACUAAACAUCAAUUUUCAUCUUUUACUGGGUGAACCACACGAUGUUGUGGUUGAUAUUGUGAAAAAAUAUAAAAUAGGAGGUCUCGUUGUAGACUUCUUCCCUUUGAGAAAGCCCAGGUUUUGGUUGAGUGAAAUACAAAAAAGAAUCCCAAAAGAUGUUCCUGUGUGUCAGAUUGAUUCUCAUAACAUUGUUCCUUGCUGGGUGACAUCGGAUAAAUUGGAGUAUGCUGCUCGCACAAUAAGAAAUAAAAUAAACUCUAAACUACCAGAAUUCUUAACAGAAUUUCCACCUGUGAUAAGGCAUCCAUAUACCACUGAUCAAAAACUUGAUAAAAAUGAGUGGGACACAGCAUUGGAUCAUGUCCUUAUUGAUAGAUCAGUUGAUAAAGUUUCAUGGGCUAAAGCAGGGCACAGAGGUGGCAUGGCUGAGCUUGAAAAUUUUUUGAACAAACGGUUAAAGUUAUAUCACAGCAAACGCAAUGAUCCAACAGCUGAUGCUCUUAGUAAUUUAUCCCCAUGGUUUCAUUUUGGACAAAUUUCUGUUCAAAGAAGUAUUUUAGAAGCUGUGAAGCUAAAAUCAAAGUACAAAGAAUCUGUUGAAGCUUUUUGUGAGGAAGCUAUUGUUCGCAGAGAACUUAGUGAUAACUUUUGUUACUAUAAUGAAAAUUAUGAUAACAUAGAAGGAGCAUACGACUGGGCUAAAAAAACCUUGGAAGAGCAUAGUAAAGACAAGAGAGAAUAUAUUUACACAAAGGAAGAAUUGGAACAAGGUUUAACACAUGAUGAUCUGUGGAAUGCUGCAGAAAUACAAUUGGUAAAAGAAGGUAAAAUUCAUGGCUUUUUACGUAUGUACUGGGCCAAAAAAAUUCUAGAAUGGACCAAAACACCUCAAGAAGCACUCGAGUGGUCAAUUUAUUUGAAUGAUAAAUACAGUAUGGAUGGAAGAGAUCCCAAUGGUUAUGUUGGUUGCAUGUGGUCCAUUUGUGGAAUACAUGAUCAAGGUUGGAGAGAGAGGCCUGUAUUUGGAAAAAUUCGUUACAUGAACUAUCAAGGAUGUUGUAGAAAGUUUGAUGUUAAAGAAUUUGUUAGAAAGUAUGGAGCAAAAGUUCAUAAUAAAAAAAGCUCCGUUUUUAAGAAGAAAUAAUGAAAAAAUCUCGUUAUAAAUGUCAAGCUACAGAAUUUGUUGAUUUUAGCGUUCAGUCUUUCAUCACAAUGUUAUUUUAAUUUUUUUUUCUAUUGAAAACUUUGUUUAAUAAGUACAAUUCGCAGCACAAUUUUUAAAAUUGACUAGAAAUAAAAAGUAACUAUGUACCUGUGAAACAAUGUGAAAAUACUAUGUUUUAUAUUCUUGUAUACAACGUCGAUGAAAAUAAACGUAUUAUUUCUAAUAAA